AAUGGCAUAAUGAACUCAGGCGAUGCAUAUCACAGGUCAAACUCCAUUAACUUCCGACUCAUCACCCAACACUGUUCCUUUAGAUCAUGAAUCGUUUCCUUCAUAUACCUUUUCAAUAUCCUGUACAUAAAAUUUUCAGUUUAAGCUGUAGUGGAUAUCUUACUUAUGGAAUAAUUCAUUCCACCUGUUAACUAAAGCUUAGGAUUUCAUAUUCCAUCCAGGAUGGCUACUUCUAUGGCUCUACAGAAUACAGUCUUAAUGCUGUCCCUGGUCUUCUUAUUAGUUUUAUCUUAUCCUCUGGUGUGCAAGGCUUUUGGAAGAGGUUAUACACUGAAUUCAGUAACAGAAGCACUAGAUGGGAGAUCCUUCACAGCCCAACUGCAGCUAAUGACCAACAGCUCUCUUUAUGGCCCAGAUAUCCAACAUCUACAACUGUUGGUCAGGUAUGAAUCGCAUGAUCGCUUACGGGUUUAUAUUACUGAUGCCGAUAAACAAAGGUGGGAAGUCCCAAGAGAAUUGGUAGCCAGAAAUAAUGAUGGUGAUGGAGUUAGUAAUAAGAAGGAACCUGAAUUGCAGUUUUCAUACACCAAAAACCCAUUUGGCUUUGCAGUUACAAGGCGUUCCAAUGGAGAAGUCCUGUUCAAUUCUACUGCACAAGACCUGGACAAUGCUUAUCCAUUUGGGAACAUGGUGUUUAAAGACCAGUAUUUGGAGAUUUCUACUGUUCUUCCUUGGAAUGCUUCUCUGUAUGGAUUGGGAGAGAGCACCCGGCGUGGGUUUCGUCUGGGCAAGAAUGAAAGUGAUCAUACACUUUGGACUGCAGACAUUGGGAGUGUGAAUUUAUAUCUGGAUCUGUAUGGGUCUCAUCCAUUUUAUAUGGAUGUAAGAGCAGGGGGUAUUGCUCAUGGAAUUUUCUUGCUGAAUAGCAAUGGGAUGGAUGUUGAAUAUGGAGGUAACUACUUGACAUACAGAGUCAUUGGAGGAGUUUUAGACUUUUAUUUUUUCUCUGGUCCUUCUGCGCUCUCUGUCGUUCAGCAGUACACUGGCCUUGUGGGUCGCCCUGCUCCAAUGCCAUACUGGUCUUUUGGCUUUCACCAAUGUAAGUAUGGAUAUAAAAACAUUACAGACGUUAAAUCAGUUGUAGCUGGUUAUGCAGCAGCAAAACUCCCUCUAGAAGUUAUUUGGACAGAUAUUGAUCAUAUGGAUGCCUACAAGGAUUUCACUCUGGACCCUGUGAAUUUCCCUGAGAAAGAAAUGAGAGAGUUUAUUGAACAAAUCCAUGUCAAUGGGCAGAAAUAUGUUCUCAUAGUCGAUCCAGGAAUAUCUGUAAAUGAAACAUACAAGACUUUCAAAAGAGGCAUGAAAGAGGACAUUUUUGUGAAACAAGCAGGUGUCCCUUACCUUGGACAAGUAUGGCCAGGCCCAGUAUACUUUCCAGAUUUUCUGAACCCCAAGACUCAAUCUUAUUGGACUAAAGAAAUCUCAGAGUUUCACAGGACAGUUCCAUUUGAUGGCCUUUGGCUUGAUAUGAACGAGGUUUCCAAUUUCUGCAGUGGAAUUAAAUGUUCCUUGCCAAAAGCUGGAAAUUGCCCAAGAGAAGAUGCACCUACAGACUGUUGUCUAGUGUGUGAUGAUUCCAUUGUCACAAAAUGGGACGAUCCCCCUUUCAAAAUCAACAAUUCUGGAACCUUCAGACCACUGGGGAAUAAAACUCUGGCUGCCAGUGCAACAUAUUAUAAUGGUGUCUUGGAAUACAACGCACAUAAUCUAUAUGGUCUCUCAGAAGCCAUUGUGACCAACAAGGCACUGAGAUCAGUACUAAAGAAGAGACCCUUCAUACUGACCCGUUCUACCUUUGUUGGAUCUGGAGUUCAUGCGGCACAUUGGACAGGGGAUAAUGGUGCAACAUGGGAUGAUCUCUGGUACUCCAUACCUACAAUGCUGAAUUUCGGAUUGUUUGGAAUCCCCAUGGUGGGUGCUGAUAUUUGUGGUUUUUCAUCUGACACAACAGAAGAACUCUGCAAUAGAUGGAUUCAACUUGGUGCAUUUUAUCCUUUUGCUAGAGAUCAUUCUGAAAAGAAUGCAAAUCGUCGAGAGCUUUACUUAUGGAAGUCUGUAACAGAGUCUGCAAGGAAAGCAUUAGGUCUGCGAUACCGCCUUCUUCCAUAUAUCUACACACUAUCUUAUGAAGCUCAUACCAAAGGAUCUCCAAUUGCAAGGCCUCUGUUUUUCACAUUCCCCCAUGACACUUACACAUUGGGCAUCAGCACCCAGUUUCUUUUGGGAAAUGGGGUUCUAGUCUCCCCUGUUUUAAAGGAAGGAGCAAAGACUGUGGAUGCUUAUUUCCCAAAGGGGACUUGGUACAGUAUGUUUAAUGUUUCAGAUUCUAUUCAAAUGGAAACAGGUUCAUAUGUAACGCUUCAAGCUCCAUUAGAUACCAUCAAUGUUCAUGUAUAUGAAGGAACUAUAUUGCCUAUGCAAGAAAUGGGUUUGACAACUCGAGAAGCAAGAAAAAGCCCAUUUAGUUUGGUGGUGGCAAUGGGCAGCAGGAUGGAAGCAAAUGGAGAAUUAUAUUUGGACAAUGGAUAUGAUUUGAAAAUGGAGUUGAUGAACGGCAAAUCAAGUUUUAUCAAGUUCCAUGCAAAUCUUGAAGAUGAAGGUCUUCGGCUCAGAUCAGAAGUCCAAAUGGAGAAGUUCGCAAUUAGGGAAGGAUGGAUUCUUCAAACAGUUACAGUUUUCGGAUUGGAAUCUUCUUUUAAUCAUUCUAAUGAAGCUUCCCUUAGCGCUACUGUUUCUGUUCAUAGCAAUAGGGAGGACAAAAGAAUCACAAAGCUGAGAGCUAUUGUGGAUGGAAACUCUCUUGUUGUUUCAAAUCUUUCUCUUCUAAUUGGGAAAAAUUUUGAGCUGACUAUUCCAUGGAAGAUAUAGUUAAGUAAACUAUAUCUAACUCGCAUUGGACAAUAAGGGUCAUUUGAUUAGGUGACCUGAUUUUUAAGCAGAUAUUCUAUUCCAUGGAAGAUAUGGUUAAGUAAACUAUAUCUAACUCGCACAGGACUGAUCUUUUCUGUCCAAUGGGAUCAAGUGCUAAUAAGGGUCAUUUGAUUAGGUGACCUGCUUUUUAAGCAGAUAUUCUAAAUAAAUCUUGAUCUU